AUGGGUGACAUCGAACUGGAGCUGGAGUUGUUAGGACCCGGAACGGCGGCGACUUUGUCAGCGCUAAUCAAGUUGGCUUUUGCAAGUUGUCAUGGCAUUCGAAGGCACUUGGAAAAUAUUCCCAUUAUUCCCAAUAGCAAAACCGACUUCUAUAUCCGUUCUGAUCUGGAGUUCGUGGACAGUCUGCUUAAGGACUUUCGAUUGGAGGCACUGGUUUACAAUUUAUUCAGGGGCAAGCUGGUGGAGAACCUUUCCAGCGAGAGUGUCGAGGAUCUGGAGAAGACGCAUUUAGAGCGGAUCGACGAGAUGAGGAGGAGGCCCCGCCAGCAGGCGCUGAUGAUCCUGGUUCCCUUGCUCCCUGGCUCCCAGCCAGAAGUCUGAGCCGGGGAUUACUGCUGCUUACCUUGCGGUAUGAAGGAGAGGGGCACUGAACAGUGCCUUCCAAUCCGGCGGCACCUGCAGCUGCCGUUCGGGGUCUUCACAAGUUCAGCUUCAGAUCGAUGUCAACUAUGGCAUUUUCGCCUCGUAUCCCUAACGCUUUUCGUUUCGUAGCUCGUCCAGAGACCCUACCACCCUAGCGGUGAGGGCGCCAAUCCUUCGACCCAUCCUUAAACCCAUCCUUUAACCCCAGGGUUAAAUUCUUAAACUCGUGGGACUGCCUGAUGAAGACCUUCGAUUAUAGGUUAUAGGUUAUAUCUUAUUGUCAAAGGUCUUCCCCUGGCAGCUCCAGGAGUCAAUGAAUUCACUCCUAAAUGUUUAACGGUGGGUCGAGGGAUUGAUUCCCUCAGCGCUCGGAUGGUCUUAGGUCUCGGGAUGAGCAACGAAACGGGAAGCGUUAGAGAUAUGAGGCAAAGAUGCCAUUAUUGGCAUCGU